GCGGGCGGGCGCAGAGACGCACAGCCGGCCGGCCCUCCUCGCCCAGCGCGCGCCCCAGCCUCGCCCCGCCAUGCAUGUGAACGGCAAAGUGGCGCUGGUGACCGGCGCGGCGCAGGGCAUCGGCAGAGCCUUUGCAGAGGCGCUGCUGUUCAAGGGGGCCAAGGUGGCGCUGGUGGACUGGAACCUAGAGGCAGGUGUCAAGUGCAAGGCCGCCCUGGACGAGCAGUUCGAACCGCAGAAGACGCUGUUCAUCCAGUGCGAUGUGGCUGACCAGGAACAGCUGAGAGAAACUUUUAGAAAAGUGGUAGACCACUUUGGAAGAUUGGACAUUUUGGUCAAUAAUGCUGGAGUGAAUAAUGAGAAAAACUGGGAGAAAACUCUGCAAAUUAAUUUGGUUUCUGUUAUCGGUGGAACCUACCUUGGUUUGGAUUACAUGAGUAAGCAGCAUGGAGGUCAAGGUGGCGUCAUUAUCAAUAUGUCCUCCCUGGCAGGACUCAUGCCCGUUGCACAACAGCCUGUCUACUGUGCUUCAAAACAUGGCAUCAUUGGGUUCACCCGCUCAGCUGCGAUGGCUGCUAACCUUAUGAACAGUGGUGUAAGGUUGAAUGCCAUUUGUCCAGGCUUUGUCAACACCCCCAUCCUCAAAUCCAUUGAGAAAGAAGAAAACAUGGGACAAUAUAUAGGAUAUACAGAUCAUAUCAAGGAUAUGAUGAAAUACUUUGGAAUUUUGGACCCAUCAAUGAUUGCCAAUGGAUUAAUAACCCUCAUUGAAGAUGAUGCUUUGAAUGGUGCUAUUAUGAAGAUUACAUCUUCUAAAGGAAUUCAUUUUCAAGACUAUGAUUCACCUCCAUCUCUUGCAGUCAUAACUGAAAGCAAGCACAAAUGACUUACGUCUGGCCAUUUCUCCAUUUUAUAUUGCUUUUCAAUGAAAUAUUACACUCUGAAUCUUUCUUUCAUGCAUUUGAGGUUAAUUUUUUUAAUAAUUAGUGAAGUCUCUGAAUAAAAACGUAUGACACAUUAUCAUCAACAAUACAAUACAAACCAAAGCUAAAUUGUGACUUGGGUCUCAAUAAUGACUAAAACAAAGACUAUUCAAUAAUCAAGGAACACUCUUCCUUUCGCAAAAUGUAUUUUAAUUCUUUCUGGAAAGUGUUUUUCAGCAUUUCAUUUUUAAGGAGAUACUUGAAUUGUUAUUUAAAUCACAGCAUGUUUAUUAAAACUUCCUUUGUUUCUGUUUGUACUUCAAAGCAGAAAGCCACUAUAUGACAAAGUUUUAGUACCAAUAAUUUUGUUGUAUGCCUUCUUUAUAUUUAAAUAUCCAUUUGCAUAUCAUGAAUAUUCAUGCAGCAUAUUUGAGGGCCAGUAGUUAAGUAAUAAAUUACAGUGUUACUACAUCCUAAGUGAAAAAUUGGGUUUAUGGUAAAAUGACAGAAAUUAAUUGUGACUGUUAAUUCACAGCUUAAUCUCAAACCAAUGUAAAAUAUUUCUUUUCUAUUUGUUUCUAACUUUAAUAACUUUGAGUCCAAAAAAAAUCUCAGGAAUACAACC